AUGGCAUCAGAUUCUGAAGGCAUGGGCAUGUCCCUACUGCCGCAAGAGAUCUUCUGGAUGAUUUUGAAUCAUCUGGGUCCCAAGGAUAUCAUCCGUUGCCGUCGAGUCUCCAAGGCCUGGAACACGGCCUUUCGAAGCGCAGCCAACCUGACCCCGCGGUUGAAGAAACUCUUCCCUUUGGCCAGAGAGGUGCGAGAACUGGAGCUCAAUCACAAUGCUGGCAUUGAUAUGGCAGACGAUGAUGAUCACGCGUGUACGCUCUUCGAUCAGGUCGCCUCGAGGUACGACCACCUCAGCCGCGCAAAGCCCAAGUCGAUCCACAGAUACAAGCUCUGCGAUGACUUUGGCCUCUCAGGCGAGAGGGAGUGGUUUCCCGUCCAGCCCUGGGAGAAUCACGCCAGCCAUCUUAUGCAGCGGGUAGAUCGUACCUUCGACGAGACAUUCUGGUCUUACGAAGAUGGGCUCGUGGUGUACCCCAGUGCGGAUCAUUCAUGCCUCGUUCUGAUGGACUUUGAUACCGACAGACGAUUCAUGGUCCCCUUCAUCAUCACCGGAAAAGUAAUUCGCAGAAUUCGUCUACAGAAGAGGGUUCUUGUCGUCGAAUGGGCAGAGCCGAAGGCCUUCCACUGGCUCAAUGACAGCGACGGUGUCCAUCGGCACUUCGCUUCCUCAUUCGAUGUCACUAAAGCAACCAGUGGCUGGAGUGUGACAUUCCGGAAUGAAUGGAAGAUCAUGUUCCUGGGCCAUCCUCUCAGCGAGCGAGAUCGAUUCUACUCCACACACAGCCAGACACACUACGCCAUCUACAUCUGGCAGCCGAACCGCAGCCUCUACACCGCAGACGACGAUGCACCAAUCGAGUCAUUGUCAGUCUGGGACAUCUCCAAGCCAUCCUCCUAUCGCCCUUCUCUUGACCCCACAGGUCGCCUGCGAGUAGACUCGGAAGACCAAGGCCCAGCCAUAGUCUCUCGCUUCGGCUUCCGAGAACUCGGCUUCUACUCCGUUCGACAGCGAGGCCUCCCAGCCGUGCAAUCCCUCAACAUCACCGACGACGACCAGUCUCUCGAAAUCGUCGAAGCCGAAUGCACCGGCCCCAUGAGCACCCUCGUUGGCCCCGCCGCAUGGACAUCCGAGGUCCAAGUCACCACCAUCCCCUUAAUCGGCGAGGGACCCUGCUGGCGCCGAGACGUCGACUUCGCACUCCCUCCCUAUCGCGGAAACUGUAGCUUACAGACAACCCCUAUCACAUUUGCCGUCUGCGACGAACGCUGGUACGCCAUCAUCUCCGAAACCUAUGAUGACAAAGCCCAGGUAGGAUUCUGUCUGCAUCUGAGUCCGAGAUUAUGGCCCUUUGAUUUAAACAUGUUCUUGACCAUCCGUACACCGUCGUCGUUUAUCUCGCUGAAACAGAUGAAUAUCUAUGAGCUCACCGGGAAGGGGAAGAUCUGUGGGAAUGAAAACUACAUCAUUGGCGAGAAUGCCAAUCAUGAACUUAUUGUCUAUAGAUUCGAUCGAUGA